CACAGAGUCGAUAAGUGCGAUAGACGACGAAUGCGAUCGAGUGGCUCGGCGCUGAUGGCACCCGAGGAGUAAAGUACCGCUUAGCACCGGAGCAAUAAUAUAUAAAACCUCAAAAUACGCAAGAGCCGGGCAGCCAAGCUGGAUGACGGACGCGAGACACCAGCAUACCCUUAAGCAGGACAGGACGUUUAUGUCGCCCCUUUGACCUGCCGGGUCGGCAAGCUUCAUGGGUUGGCGAGUGCGGUAUAUCUGUUCAUUUCUUGCUUGUUUUCCUGCCAAAAUUUCGAUUGAUAGAGAACCGUUUACCGCCAGUCCUACCUACAAGGGUAAAAAGCGCCCAGCUCGCCUGUCAAACCUGCAGAUUCUUUGAGGAAAACAACUACAAGACUGCUUUGUUAAACUCUGUGAUACAUCCCCCACGCGGCACUCAGCACUCAGCAGGGAUGAUGUGACAUCGCCGCUCUCUCAUCAGAACAGUCGACAUGAAAGGGACAAAGCAUACCCAUGUGGUCACCAAAGCCGAGUUGACGAGGCGGCGCAAAAUCUCGGGCACCCCCAGAGAAAUAUCAUACGACAGCGACAAAGUCCAAGCAUACAUGUUAGACCUUUACCGGUUCAUGGAGACGGUAAAAGGCUUGAAACCCGAAACGGCCGCUUGCGAAUAUUAAGACGGUGAUGAUGGUCUGGUGAACAACGUGUUCUUGUCGUCAAUGAUAGCUCAGCAAUGAACAGCCACAGGCCGAAUAGAUUGGCGAGGUUGGUGGGCGAAGCUGAAGGAAGCUUGCCGUCAAUUACACGUCAGAUAAAUAUGCUAUCACAGGAGCUGGUCUUCUUCCCGGCUAAUGGAAACUACCUUCCUGCCUUGGUUGUAUUUGGCUAUCGAAACCCCAUAUGAUAGGACUAGGCUUAUGAGAAUUUAUUACUUAAUGACACCCUCUCAUCACAUGUAGUCUAGCUUAUGCACAAUAUUUUCUAUCUCCUCUACUUCUUACUAAGUACUUACCAUUAACCCCCUAUCC